AUGGAUAAUAUCGAGACGUUGUACGCCUGGUCAAUAUGUGAUCGUAUACUGACAGAACGUCGUGAUUUGCCGGCGAGUUAUUUUGCUGCGCAAACAAUUCGACAAAAAUUGGUGCACAGUAUGAAGGAGUUGCCAGCAUCGACCCACAUCGCACUCAGAGAUUCGCUUAUCAAUCAUCUGAGGUUGGAUUUUUUUAUAUUUACUUUAAUACCACCGAAAACCGUUGUUGUUAUCGUCGUUAUUGUGAUAUUCCUUUGUAAAUCGCUAUCGGGUAACUACAUUUUCUUCGUUCUGUUCAAUUCCAAUAACUGUCAAAAUAAACAGGCAUUAUUAAUUGGAACCUUAACAGUCUUACCAUUAUUCAAAAGACAGCCUUUAUUUUUGAGUGAUUAG